CGGAAAGUCGCCUUUAGGAGGUAGGUUUGCAGCCACAUCUAUGACGUCCCUUAUUGGAUGCACUUGUUAUCUUGAGACUUGAGUACCCAACACCGCCUAACAAGCCUGAUUCAAGAGACCAUGACCUGGCCUCUUAGCUUCGGAAUAUCUGUCAUAUCUGUCGAAGUUUACCUCUCUAACUAACUACCAAAAUCAAUACUUUUACUAACAUUGACUUGAAAUACUCAAAAUGACUGACAGAGCGCCUCCUAACUACUACAAGAUCCUCGAGAUCUCCGAAAGUUCCACUACGCAGCAGAUUCGCGAUGCCUAUAAGCGAGCAGCCCUCAAAACCCACCCGGACAGAGUUCCCUCGAACUCGCCUGAACGCCCGGUCCGAACACGCAAGUUUCAGCUCGUAAAUGACGCCUACUACACGCUCUCAGACACCACACGGCGACGUGAGUACGACGCCCAGCGCAGACGGUUCGGCGGUGGGCGCAGCACUUACACGUACGAGGAGGCAGACGACCCAGAGGAAUCAGUGCCGCCUGAGACUGGAGGAGGAGGGACAGGAGCAGCACAGAGCGCAUACUCAUGGGCGUGGAACUUCUUCACAGGCGGAAACACCAACUCGCAACCUCAUGCUCGAGAGGCGCGGCAACAGACUGAAGACGCGCAGUUUGGAGCUGUGUUCGAGGAGAUGCUGCGCGAGGAGGGGCUCGCGGACCAGGAUACCAAUAGGCCGACAUCCAAGUUCUGGAGCAUACUGGGCGCGGCCAGCGGUAGCGUGCUGGGCUUUAUAUUGGCGAAUAUGCCGGGGGCGGUUGCGGGCGCAGUGGCGGGGAAUAGGUUGGGUGCCGUGAGGGAUGCGAAGGGCAAGAGUGUUUAUGCUGUUUUCCAGGAAUUGCCGCAGGAUGAUCGGGCUAGAAUGCUGGCUCAGCUUGCUACGAGGGUGUUUAGUCACGCCGUGGGGAUUUGACGAGAGUAGAUAUAUGACUUUGGCUUAUGGUGCGUUGCGUUUCUGCUGCUUUCAAGGCGUGGGCAUACGAGGACUACGUAGUUUGGUUUGACUGCAUUCUUUUACUACCUAGGGAUCAUGCGUGGAGUUUGGGUGUGCUUGUUUUAAAGGCAGGCGGAUAGAGGUCUAGUAAUGAACUGUUAUUCCUACUGGUAUAAAGAAAGUAUAGGUUAUGAUCUUAUAUGUUACAGACAUGAUGGAAUUACCUCGUUCUAUUUUAUUAAAGAAAUCAUCAGAUACCGUGUAAUACAAUUAUGUUGAAACUA